AUGUACACCAAGACUGCCAUUGUCGCCGCCGCGCUCGCCGGCUCGGCGGCCGCCGUCAUCGACAUCAGACCGGAGCGCAUCCGCCGCGACGUGCUCCCCAGCCAGACGGGCGAGCUCCUGGGCGACCCGUGCCUCAACGCGCUCGCGACCGUCUACGCCAACGCGCCGACGCCGCCGCCCAAGAUCCUCUCGUACGAGGUGACGGCCCCGCUGCCGACAAACCCGUGCAGCCUCAGCAUCCCGGCCGAGAUCAGCGCCGACUACGCCAGCUACACGUCCGCCAUUCUCAGCUGGGCCGACGCCAACUCGGCCUCCAUCAAGUCGGCCGUGUCCGUGUGCUCGACCCUGACCGACCUCGCCAUCGACAUCCCCAUCUGCACCGUCACCGGGGCUACCUCUGCGGCCACGUCGUCCGGCUCUUCGUCCCCCAAGACGACAGCGGAGGGCGGCGGCGGCGACGACGACUAUGAGCCCAAGCCGACCGGAAAGGCUGAGACGGCGUCCGCUUCCGCUUCCGCUUCCCCUACCGGCCCCGCUGCGGCUGGUAACGGCACCAACCCGCGGCCCAGCCCCUCGCAGGUCAUUGCUAACGCCGGACCCCGUGAGACGGGCAUGGUGGCCGCUGCCGUUGCUGCCGCUGGCUUCAUUGCCGUUGCUGCCUUUUUGUAA